AUGUAUUAUCCAAACGAAUUGGCUCAUUUCAAAAUAACAAAUUUCAAGCAUCCCGACGGAUUACUUAUUUUCAAGGACCAGCCGACGACAACAGCUCCUGAAAUACUGGCCAAAAAACAAGUUGAAAUAAGAUUGACCCAACGUCUGCUAAAAUUCUGCCAGCACACAAUUCAUGGGGUAAAUCACAUUUGGGAACCUCGUACAAAACCCGCAGUUCGAAUAUUUUGGUGCCUAGUUGUUACGACCGCUUUAAUAGGCUGCAUAAUUCUCUAUAACACCGUGACACAACGUCAUCGUGAAGGAAUUCUGGUAACCGUAGUCGAGUCAUCUCAUCUGCCCAUUCAUACAAUUCGUUUCCCCGCUGUGGCUGUUUGUCCUCUAAAUCACGUCAAUUGGAUGCGUUACCAUGCGGCUGAGACACGAUUCUUACCACGCUAUUCAGCCAAAGAGGCCAAAACGGCAUUUUAUAAUUUAGUUAUAUUGUUGGAGCGCAUGACUUUCACAAGACUUAAUCAUGUAGAGGAAUUCUUAAAGAUCAAAAAGGUACCGAGAUCUGUUCGAAAUAUUGAACUCUCCGAGGUGGCGAAAUUCAUGUCACUGCGAUGUGAUGAAAUUUUCAGUUGGUGCGUUUUUGAUAAGACUCAAAUGGAUUGUUGUAAAAUCUUUGUACCCGAAUACACGGGAAGGGGAGAAUGUUUGGUAUUCAAUUCAGUCAUAUCGAAGGAGUCAAGAAUUAAGAAGGUUCUUAUCAAGGAAGAGGAUGAAUGGAGUGACACGUUAUUUCAUAUUCUACAGAAGAAUACCCACAAUAGCCUUAUGGUAACACCUCGAAUUUCCGAAACGUCAAGAAAUACCCGCCACAUUGAUCCGGCAAAGCGCAAAUGGUUAUUUCCGGUAAUUUUAUUGCAUUUGAUAUCGAACCGUAAAAUAUAA